CCUAUGUAUUAGCUCUUUCCUAUGUAUGCAAAUGCAUUGAAACUAAACAUGUUCUGCAGAUUCACCCUCUUCUUUCUGUUCUCUGCAACUGUAGCAACGCUUCUUCUUCCAACUACAUGUCAUGUGAACUUGAGCCCUUCGACUAUGCCUCUGGGCCAAAACCAGUCAAAAAUCGUACACAAAGUUGGUGAUGUCUUCAUGGGGUGUGAUGAUAGAAAAAAUUGCAGCAGCAAUGUGGAUAAUAAUUCUGCUUACGGGUCACGGAUACUUAAUGAAGUAUCACAAAAUGCAAAUGACGUGUCACAAAAUGAAGUGACACAAAAUGCUAGUGCUACUACAACUGUUACCCAGGUUUGCAAGGGUAAAAGUUGUGUUACAAACUCAACAUCCCAGACAUCAGUAUCGCCUGUGUCGUCACCAAAUUUAAAGUCACCCUCGCCGUCGUCGUCGCCGUUAUCAUCACCACCGACGCUUUCACCAAGAUCAUCACCAUCAUCACCAGUAACAGAUUACACAUACACAAAUAAACACCACCGGAGAAGGAUAAUUAUAAUUAUUAUUAUAGGUGUCGUAAGUGCGGUAACUGGAGGACUUUUCUUCAUACUUUUUUGUCUUAGACGUAAGUCUUCCACCCGACUAGUCAAAUUUUGUUUUACCACAAACAGUGAUUCAAAUGUCGAAGCUUUCUUAAGAAAUCAUGGAGCCAUAGCGCAGAAAAGAUACAAAUUUUCAGAAGUGCAGAAAAUGACUAAUUCAUUCAAAGUUAAACUUGGUCAAGGUGGUUUUGGUACAGUAUACAAAGGAACACUACUCACGGGUAGUCCUGUGGCUGUAAAGUUACUGAAAGCAUCCAAAAGAAAUGACGAAGAGUUCAUCAAUGAGGUUGCCAGCAUCAGUAGAACAUCACAUGUUAAUAUUGUCUCACUUGUUGGAUUUUGUUUGGAAGGCUCCAAAAAGGCUCUCAUCUAUGAGUUUAUGGCUAAUGGUUCUUUGGAUAAGUUCAUCUACAACAGAGGGCCAGAAAAUAUUGCAUCUUUGACCUGGGAGAAUUUAUAUCAAAUUGCCAUAGGAAUAGCUCGAGGGUUGGAGUACUUGCACAGAGGCUGCAACACUAAAAUUUUACAUUUUGACAUAAAACCACAUAAUAUUCUUUUGGAUGAGAAUUUUUGUCCUAAAAUAUCAGAUUUUGGACUAGCAAAGCUCUGUCCCAGGAAUGAAAGCAUUAUUUCUGUGUCUGAUGCAAGAGGAACAAUGGGGUAUUUAGCUCCUGAAAUGAUCAAUAGACAUUUUGGAGGAGUUUCACAAAAGUCUGAUGUGUAUAGUUAUGGAAUGAUGCUACUGGAAAUGGUAGGAGGAAGGAAGAACAUUAAUCCUGAAGCUAGUCAUACGAGUGAGAUAUACUUCCCACAUUUUGCAUACAGAACACUUGAUGUGGAUAAUGAUGUGAGACCGUAUGAAGUGAUGAAUGCAGAAGAAGAUGAGAUUGCAAAGAGAAUGACUGUAGUUGGCUUAUGGUGCAUUCAAUCACUUCCAAAUGAUAGACCUACAAUGAGCAGAGUGGUAGAUAUGUUGGAAGAUAACAUGAAUUCCUUGGAAAUGCCUCCAAAACCUUUGUUUUCUUCUCCUACUAGAUCAGAAACAUAAUCUUCCUACUGAAAUUGGUAUCGUUGCAUUUUGGUAAAAUCUUUCUAGUUAUAUUGUAAAGAGGAUUGCUCAACUAAUUUGUUUAGUACUAUUCUGGAAAGCAAAUGCAUCUCAUGUGUUUGUUAAAUUGCCACUACAUGAUUGCUGAAGCUAGACCAAUUGUGUAUGAUAACUUUCUUUUUACAAGGUAAAUUUUAGUGGAUAAGUGGUAAAAAGGUUCCGACAGAAGUGUUACUGAAAAGUGAAAACCACACCGACUAGUGAAACUAAAGAUGUAGCUUCAAACCUUGUAAUAGGAUUUAUGACAAGAUUAUGCAACUAUUGAAAACUGUUUCUUCGACUUC